CGCAGUUUUCAUCAACUCCUUUAUCUGAGUCCAAGAACUCACGAACUAGCUCCGGCAGCAACAUACUUCCAAGAAUUAAUUCGAGAAAGGAAUCAAAAGAUAUAAGAUUAUCGCCAAAUAAAAUUCAACCUAAGCAAGAAAAGACCUAUACAGACACACCAAAUAGUCCGUCCAAAACAAGUCUUAGUGUAAGUGAAUGGGCAGAACGUCAUUUGCAGACAAUAUCAGAAAUUGUUUUACCAGGUGGCGUGAAUUCCACGGAAGGCAGUCCACAAAUCAGCCCUAAAGCGUCUUCCCUAACAAGCGAUAAAGAAAGUAAAACUGAAAAACAAAUGAGUUUGAAAGAUUGGGCAGAAAAGCAUUUAAAAUUGAUUUCGGAAUUCAUAACUCCGCCAGUUACUCCAGUGAAAAGUAAUUCUCGCAAUAACUGCGAAAGCUCUAAUGAUGAUAACGACAGCGAGAAAAUUGAAAAUAGACUUCCAUUAAGUCAAUGGGCAGAAAAACAUGUAAAAUUGAUCUCAGAAGGAAAGUCUGAUAUUGCUUCUUCUAGAAAUAUACCUGUUGACACUGUUAACAAUGUUCAAUUUGAAAAUAAUACAAGUAAAACAUUAAAUGUAAGUGAGUGGGCAGAGAGACAUGCUCGAAGAGUUUCCAGCAUGGCUUCUAAUUCGCCAAUUGCUUCUGAACCAGAUGUCGAGCGAAAGACAAUAGAAGGAAGAAAACAAGAACAGCAAAGUAUACAAAAUAAACUUAGUGUGAGUGAAUGGGCAGAGAGACAUGCUCGAAGAGUUUCCAGCAUGGUUUCUAAUUCGCCAAUUGCUUCUGAACCAGAUGUUGAACGAAAGAGAAUGGAAAAAAGAAAACAAGAACAUCAAUGUAUACAAAAUAAACUUAGUGUGAGUGAAUGGGCAGAGAGACAUGCACGAAAAAUUUCCAGCAUGACUUCUAAUGUGACAACUAAUCCUAUACUUGAUUCCCCUCAAAAUAAUGAUGAAAGCAAGAAAAAAUAUAAACCUACUUCAACUGUAAAAAUUGCAGAAAGUAAUAUUAGUAUCAAAAAUUGGGCCGAAAAACAUGUGAAUAUUAUUUCUGAAAUGAAUUCCAAUUUGAACUCUGGAUCAAGACGUAAUUCUUUCCAGAUAAAUAGUUUGUCAGGUGAAAAUACAUUUAAUUCUUCAAAAGUCAGUGAAGACCAUCCGAAGAUAGAACACAAAAAUAGGUCGCUAGCAUCAGAUACGCAAACACCGUUUGCUGAUAAUAGAAUAUUAAACAUGAAUUUGCAAAUUAGCUCACCCAAUGAUGCACACUCACCAAAUCAUCAAGGGAAUGUUUCUAAGGAAGAUAAACUUGAAUUGCAAAAAUAUGAAGAAAACCAAAUAGAUACUCAUAGUAUUGGUGACCUUCCGGAAGAGACUGAAGACUGUGAAAGUAAUACUUCGAAAUCAACAGAGACAAGAGCCAUGGAUAAAGUUGAUAUUAAAUUCAAAGACGUAAUCGAUGAAACCGAUAAAAAUGAAUUAAUUAUACAAGAUAAACAAACAUACGUUAUUGACAGUGACAACAAAGAAAUGGAAAAUGUAAAUGAUUCAGAACUAAAUCCAGAUGUACAUAACAAGAAGGAAGGAAUUGAAUUUAUGGAAGCUAAAAGUCCAAGACAGAAACUACAAGACGCAAGUACUGAUUGUUCUGAAAUUUGUGAAGUAGAUGAGAUACCACAUCUCAGCAAUACAGACCUCAACAGAUGGGCAGAACGACAUUUUGAAAAGAUUCUAGGUGCCCAUACACAAUCUGAUUCGCAAAAACAAAUUUCAUCCCAAGUGCAGCAAGAUAUUUUCGAAGGUGAUAAAAGACGAAACAGAAAGGCACAUUUAGACAAAAAAUCCAAUGAACACAGGCGAUCUGAAAUCAUCUCUGAAUCUAGUCAAGCUGAAACAAUCCAAAAUAUUGACAAUAAAUCAAUGACUAAAAAAUCGGACUCAAAACCUCCUGAAUCAGAAUCUGAUUCCAGUUCCGAUAUAUGCUUUGAAUCUUGCUACGAGCAUUUUCCCGAAUCUCCAACAAAUUCUCAGACAAACGAUCUUUGUAGUCAGUCUUUUGUUAUUGAUACAGAUGAUAUGGUAAGUGCAGCAGAUAAUUCACUGACUUCGGAUAUAUUAGGCCAGAGGUUUGUUUUCGACGAUAAUAGCAAUGUAGUUGAUUCAGAUACUGACAUGUAUAGUGAUCAGUUUAACCUCGAGGAAAUUAGCGUAAAAAGUCACGAACCAGAUUCAUCAAUGACACACGACUCAAAUCUAAUAUCAAAAUACGAAUCUUUCACAAAUCAGCAAUCAUCCAAUUCUACUACUUCGGUUUUACACUCAACGUGUAAUCAAUUAAACCUCAGUGAAAAUACAUUAGCUAGCAGCAAACUACAAACAUUAGAUUCUGAAGACACUCAGUCACAGUUCCACUUAAGCAAAAAUAAUUCCAGUCCUACUUCACCCUCUACUCAUAUCGCGAGUCAUUCUCUUACAGAUGUCGAUAACUCAAACAUUACACAUCGAAAACAUAAACCCUCCUUUGACAGUAGCCUCAACAACUCGGUUUCUCCAAAGUGCCAAGCCAUAUCAUCAUCCAAUAAUAAUGAGGACACAACUGACAUAAUACAAUGUCAAACACUCUCUUUGAGAGAAGAAAAUGUUCUCGAAACAGACAAUGACAAUAAUUUGAUCAACAAUCCUGAAAACAAGGUCAAAUUCGAUGAUGUAAAAGUGACUGCAGCCAUUACUGCGAGUACCUCUGCAGUAGAAUGUUCAAUAAAACCAAUAACAACUAAUGACGGUUUGCCAAGAUUGAAAUCUUUUCAUAUGAACGUACUCUGAGUGUCAAAAGAAACCUGCAAUUGAAAUCUUGGAACAAGUUGCUUGUCUUCGCAAGCGUUUUUACUUAAUAUUAUUAUCAGCUUAUCAUCACCAUCAUCAUCAUCAUCAUCAUCAUCAUCAUCGUCGUCGUCGUCGUCGUCCUCUUCCACGUCCUCGUCGUCAUCUCAUCGCCCCCAUCAUCAUCAUCAUCGUCGUCGACGUCGUCAUCAUCAUCAUCAUCAUCACUGUCGUCGUCGUCAUCGUCGUCGCUGUUGUUAUUGCUUAUUAUAUAUUUAUGUAAUUAUUGUGUGGUGGGUUGGCAGACACGUUGAACCCUUGCGGUAUUUAAGUGCUCAACUCUACGUUCUGAGUUUAAAUCUCGCCGAGGUUAACUUUGCUUUUCAUCCCUCUCAACUCGAUAAAAUAUAACAGGCAAAUAUCGAGGUCGAUUUAACCGAUUAAACACCCUGAUCCCAAAUUCCUGGCUUUAUGCCGACAGUAGUAAUAUUAUUUUAUUGCAAUCAACGCUACAUUAUUUGCAAAGAUAUUCUUAUUGUUAGAAUUAUAUCAUAAAUAUAUUAACAUUCCAUGUACAUAUACACAAGUAGUAGUAGUAGUAGUAGUAGUAGUAGUAGUAGUAGUAGUAGUAGCAGUAUUAGUCGUUAUCAUUUAUUUAUUUAUCAAAUGGGCGAUGAAUCGAGGAACAGUAUAGGGACAAAUUAAGUGAGAGAAAGUCUUUUAGAGAAGCAUGUAUGAGAAAACACCAAUAAAAGGAAAAAU